GGAGCCGAGCCGAGCCGAGCCGAGCCGAGCCGAGCCGAGCCGAGCCGAGCCGAGCCGAGCCGAGCCGAGCGCUGGUCCCGCCGCCGCCCGCCAUGGCGAAGGUGGGCAGGAAGGGAUGGGUCUGCCCGGCCGGCGUGAAGAACAACUGCCUGCUGCUCAGCACGGUGACCGCCAUGGUGCUGGGUAUUGGAGUUGGUGUGCUGGUACGGGAGUAUGGCAAGCUCUCUAACCUGGAUAAGUUCUACUUUGCUUUUCCCGGGGAGGUGCUGAUGAGAAUGCUCAAACUCAUCAUUCUGCCGUUAAUCAUAUCAAGCAUGAUCACAGGUGUUGCUGCUUUGGAUUCCAGCGUUUCUGGGAAGAUUGGUUUGCGGGCAAUUAUAUAUUAUUUCUGCACUACUGUCAUUGCCGUAAUUCUAGGGAUUGUAUUAGUUGUGAUCUUUAAACCUGGAGCGUCUCAAACGGCAGAAGAGAUAGAGAGGGUGGGCAGUACCCCUGAAGUCACUACUGUUGAUACCUUGCUGGAUCUGAUCAGAAAUAUGUUCCCAGAAAACCUUGUCCAAGCCUGUUUUCAACAGUAUAAAACCAAACGUGAAAAAGUGGAUGUUACAAGUGACGCGGAAAAAAAUAGCUCCACAUCUAGUGAAGAACUUGUGACGAUUGUCAUGACGGCAGAGGUUUCAGAGAACAAAACCCAGGAAUACAAAGUUGUGGGCAUGUAUUCCGAUGGCAUCAAUGUGCUGGGCUUGAUCGUCUUUUGUCUUGUUUUUGGAGUUGUUAUUGGGAAGAUGGGAGAGAAAGGACAAGUGCUGGUGGAUUUCUUCAAUGCACUAAAUGAAGCUACUAUGAGAAUAGUUCAGAUAAUCAUGUGGUAUAUGCCAGUUGGUAUCUUGUUUUUAAUUGCUGGGAAGAUAAUAGAAGUUGACGACUGGGAGAUCUUUCGUAAACUGGGUCUUUAUAUGGCUACAGUAUUAAGUGGGCUUGCAAUCCACUCCAUUGUAAUUCUGCCACUGAUCUACUUAAUAAUAGUGAGGAAAAAUCCUUUUCGGUUUGCCAUGGGGAUGGCUCAAGCACUUCUGACAGCCCUCAUGGUUUCUUCCAGUUCAGCAACUUUGCCUGUCACCUUUCGCUGUGCAGAAGAAAAAAACUGUGUCGACAAAAGAAUUACCAGGUUUGUUCUUCCAGUUGGAGCUACCAUCAACAUGGAUGGCACAGCUCUCUAUGAAGCAGUGGCAGCUAUAUUUAUUGCACAGCUGAAUGACUUAGAACUGGAUAUUGGCCAAAUAAUUACGAUAAGUGUCACAGCUACAGCAGCCAGCAUUGGAGCUGCAGGCGUCCCCCAAGCUGGACUUGUCACUAUGGUGAUUGUACUGAGCGCUGUUGGCCUGCCAGCUGAAGAUGUUACCCUGAUCAUUGCAGUUGACUGGCUUCUGGAUCGAUUCAGAACAAUGGUGAAUGUCUUGGGAGAUGCCUUUGGUGCUGGGGUAGUGGAGAAAUUAUCCAAAAAGGAGCUGGAGCAGAUGGAUGUCGCCUCUGAAGUCAACAUAGUCAAUCCUUUUGCCUUGGAAACAACGCUCGAUAAUGAUGAAACAGAGACCAAGAAAUCCUAUGUCAAUGGAGGCUUCGCCGUAGAUAAGUCUGACACCAUAUCAUUCACGCAGACAUCUCAGUUCUAAAUCCAGAAGCUUUCAGAUGAAACAGGUGCACUAAAGGACAUGACCAUAUGCAAGAUCUCAAAAAGCUUAAAGGAUAAUUGAGAAAGAAUUACAUCUCAAGUGUAUUUGAUUUACUGCACAGACUCUGAUUCCCCUCACCAGUUCUCCCACCUUCCCAUCACCUCUCCCAACAAUCUGAACCCACCACUUUUGGUCUUUGCUGAUAGGUUGAAGAAAAGAAAAGUUGUAAAAUACGUAAUUUUUAAAAGAAUAUCUUAAUAUUGCUGAGGCUACAAAAUGCCUCUUUGGAAUCAGCAUGUUCAUAGAUGGAUAUCGUAGCUGGGGCAGCCAAACGUAUUUUUCUCAGGAGUAGUACAGCAUUCUACAUCUCACCUACAUUACAAAACACCAGUGUGUAAUCACUUUUAACAUCCUUGCCUUCCAAACAAACAGAUUGCACUGUACCAAACACCUACUGUAACUUGAUCAUGUGCCAAAAAUGUUCAUUUCUGCAGCUGAUAGGACACCACAUGAGCACAGUUAUUCAGAAAGGGACAGACCAGAAAGGCCUUGUAAUAAGUAUUUUAGUGUGUACAGGGUUUCAGUUUUCUUUAAUCAUUAUAAAGAUUGGAAAUAAUUGGGCAUGGCAGAGUUUCCAAAGUUUAUGUAGUUAGGUUUCCCCAUGCCCUUCAUCUGAACACCAGCUGUUGGGAAUUGGCCUUCAGAUGUGAAACGAAUUGCUGUGGGUUUGCUCUUCUUGUACUUGAAGAGUUUUUGUAAAGUGAAACAUCACCAAUUUAGGUUCACUUUGAUGGCCUUCUGGUACAUUUCCAUCAGAAGCAGGAAAAAAGUCAUUUUAUUAUUGUCCACCUUUGACUCUAGCCAAAUAUUAAUCCACCUCAAGGUAGGCAGAGGUCAUGAAGAUGAAAAUAGACUGUACAGCUAGUCAUAGUGCAACUUCUAAACCUUUAUUCCUUGGGGAAAAAGAAGACACACUAUCAAGAAUAUAAGGAGGCACGCCUUUUUUUAGAAAGAAGCCACUGUCACUGAGCUUUUUACACAGACUGGUUGGUUUUUUGCUCCUUACUUUAAUUCCUCAGUUGAACAUGCAAGUUGGUAGCUGCAACACUACUCCAGUGCCAACAUACCAGCUGAAUCGUAUCUCAUGAAGUAUUCUGGACCUAGAAAGUCAUGUGUUCUGGUGGCUUAUUACAGGGGAUCCACCAAGAACUUCCUCAUAAGCAAACUCCAUUUCUAAAGCAUUUUAUACAAGAUUUCCAUGGUGCAAAAAUCACUCUCUCUGCGGAGGAGUCGCUGUAACAAACUAGUUUUUUGCCUUGCACUUUCAAAUCUGUUAGCCAUUUUACUUGUAAAGUAAACUGAAAUUCAUAUACAGUUAUUUCUUUGUAAAUAGCUUGCAUUAAAUCUAAAAUUGCACUCACAUGCUAACAAAAAAAUUGAAGUUCCUGCAGUGUUAUAUAAUCAAUUCAACCCUACACUUUUGUAUUUAAAUAAGCCAGGAUAUGUGCCAAAGAGAACUGAUGAAGAAAAGAAGAAAAUAGUUACUGUAGGUUUUGAUAAAUUGCACCUUAAAAGAAGAAGUCAGUGAGACAUAAUGCUGUAUUUAAAUUAAACAUUGUAAACUAUAUGGAAGUGUUAAUCUAAGUAUUGGUAUGUUUAUACAAAAUAAAGAUAAUGUACAGAUUGAGUAAACCAAUCUUUUAUCUGUGCAGAAAUAGUAUGAAAAACUUUAUUUGUACAGCUUUGCUUAUGAGAGGAAAAAAACCACCAGCUUCUACAACUAGCCUAUAAUCUAUGCUUUGUCCUUUCUUUGCUUUUUUAAAUCACCCUUUUAUGAUCACCCUAUUAUGUAAUCACCUUGUUAUGAUGUUCUGUGAAUAGUGUUCCUAGUGUGAUCAAAAUAAAUAAUUUCUCUCUUUCA